GCUGUUUUGAAGUGGCGAUGUGACGUUCCGGACGUGAUGCGGAGAGCUCAGAGAAGUUAACCCUCCCUCAUAAACUUAGGUUUCACUUUUUGCAGCCAUGCCAGUGUGGUUUUCGUUAGCGAAGCAAAGUGCUAACGGACCACACUGUGUGAGUGUAGGCAGCUGGGAAUAUAGCGUCGCACCGCGUCCGUCUGAGCGCCGAGCAGGAGAAGCUUGGUGAAAGAGGAUGGAUGGAGUCAGCUGGAGCACCACGAGGGCCCCAGAGUCAUUCAGCCGAUCCGGGACAGCAGCAGACACUCUGUCCAAGCUGGCCAGUUUCAUCGCACGGGCUGAGACCAAACAGCACACACGAAACCAGAGGCAGCAGGCAUCCCACCUGCCCACAUACGUUUGUCAAGAAUGUGGUAAGGGCUUCCCUUAUGCAACAGAUCUGUUGCACCACCAGGAACUGAAGCACACAUUACCCAAGCCUCAUCGGUGUCCCUCUUGUGGGCAGGAGUUCUCCCUGAGGUCGUCCUUACAGCUACACAAGUGUGAUCGUGAUCCCUCCCUGUGUGAGCUUUGUUACGGAGAAUCACGGCUUGGUUCUCCAUGUCCUGCGUGUUCAACUCACACCACGGAUCCCGGCAGGCCGCAGGACAAGUCCCCUCACCGGCAGCCUCACCCCUUGGACAGUAGCCCUUAUGCAUGUGCCCCGUGUGGGAGGGGUUUUAGCCAGAAGCAGGCUCUGCUGCAUCAUCAGCAGGCUGGUUGCAGCGAACCACCGUCCCCGUCAGAUAUGGCUGAUGCCAGCAGCCUUCCAGAUGAUUCUCCACCGGUUUCUGAGGGAGACUCUACCCACUCCGAUUCGGAGUCCAGCAGGGGAGCUGUCAAUAUGUGCCAGUUCUGUUCGCGAAGCUUCCGCACAGAGGCUGGACUGCAGCGCCACAAACAGACCAGCCAUGCAGAGGAGCAGCGGAUAGCUCCACAGGGGCAAAAGACCAAAGGAGAAGGCACUGGUGGAGAAGCAUGGAAAGGAGGGAAUACCAAGGUGAAUGGAGAUGCAAUACAAAGGCCAAAAUCCAAAACGAAGCUUCUGAACUGCCGCUCUUGCGACAUGGUUUUCAGGAGCACCUCUAAGCUGUACCUGCACAGAAAGGAGAAGCACAGCAGAGAGAAAAACAUCCGGAGAGAGCCAAGGCCAGUCAUCAGCAAGCGCAGGAGGGGAGGUGCGUAUCCAUGUCAGAUCUGCGGUAAAAUCUUCGUCCAUCAUUUGUCACUUAGGGCACAUUACAGACAGCACACAGCCUCUGGCUUUACCACAAUCAAAGGCAAAAGCCAGUCUGAAGGGUGCACCACCAAAGACUCCAAGUUAUCAGAAAAUAGACCAAAUAAAGAAAGAACCAGUCUAGCAGGUAACAAGACUGUUAGGGCUGGUCCAGGGAGGCCCAGGAAAGUGGCCAGAGUAGAGAACAAAAGGACUGAACCAGGGGGAUGCAGAGAAGUGCCUGAAGUGAAGGAGGAGGAGGAGGAGGAGGAGGUUGAGAGAGAGUUCCCAUGCCCCUCCUGUGCAGAGGUUUUCUCUCUGCAGUCACAGCUAAGGGAGCACGUAGAGCUCCAUCAGUCGUCGGUGAAGAGGAGACAGUGCAGCGUGUGCACCAACGAGAUGGACACCUGUAAGUGGCCGGGAUCAAAGAGACACAGGCUGUACCACUGCGUGCCCUGCCAGCAGGGCUUCUCAGCACUAGACUCUUUCCUAGAACACUGUCAAGAGCACCUGCGAGUCCGGGUGGAGGAGGACAGCAUCACAGAGGGCUACACACAUCAGGCCAACAAAGCCUGAGAUUCAGUUUGAAUGUCAUCGACGAUUGCCUUUUUGCCUUGAAGGGUUAGAGAGCAGAGACAAAUGAUGUUGAUAAACCAGUUCAUUGAUUGAGCAUCCUGAACAUAUUUUUAAACCCACGCUGUUGGUUAAAUGUUAUCCAUACCAACAUAUCAAGGGUGAAAGAGAAUGGAUUGUUAAAGGACCAUACUGGGGUUUUUGCAUGUUUUAAUUAUUGCUUUUACUCUAAAUCAUACAUACUUCACUGCCAACCAUUUUCUAAAGCAUACCACACAUUUUCAAAUGUUUUCUACAUUCUAGCAGCCAUAUGUUUCUUUUUCAUUGCAGUAUGUAAAUUGAUUUGUGAGAGUUAGUUAACAUUUAAUGCUGAAUUUUAAAGGUCCAGUGUGUAACAUUUAGGAGGAUCUAUUGUCAGAAAUGGAAUAUAAUAUUCAUAAGUAUGUUUUCAUCAGUAUAUAACUGCCUGAAAAUAAGAAGUGUUGCAUUUCAGUUACCUUAGAAUGAGCCAUGUCAGUUGCCCGGAAAGAACAAAGCAAACACUGGCUGUAGAUAGGGCAGAUUUUCGCAUGUGGCGAUCUGCAGCAAUAGGAACUUUUUAAUACGUUUAAAAAAUGAACAUUUUAGUGUGUUCAUGUGUCUAUGGAAUGUUCCACCAUCUCUGAGUCACUUACAGAGCAGCAUUGCACUAACAAGCUAUGUUGUCGUAAAAAUCAAACAAGACAAAAAGUAAAUGUGGCCACUGCAAGAGGAUCACAUGUAUGUUUAGCAGACAGCUGUAAGAUAAAUCGGAGUAUCAACACACUAGUGGCCCUAUCUACAGCCAGUGUUUGGUUUGUCCCUGGGCUGCUGUAGGGUCUUGGUGGACUCCACCAGAAGAGGACCUCCUCUCUCUGUAGAUAAAAACAGAUCAUUCUAAGGUAACAAAAUCACAACAAUUCUUAUAUUGUGGUGAUUAUACAGUAAUGAAAACAUACCUAUAAAGAUUAUAUUCCAUUUCUGACAAUAGAUCCUCCUAAAUGUUACACACUGGACCUUUAAUGAAAUACACUGAAACCUGUGGCAGCCUGAAAAAACAUGCAAAAACACCAGUGUGCUUCUUUGAUAGUUUGCCAUUACUGUCAUGCCACUACUUAAUACAGUUGACCGUGCUUCCCAAAAACAUGUCAAAGUUGAGACGUGCCCGUACUCCUAACAGUGGGACUGAGGUCGUCUUGGUGAUUUUUGGGAAUUGAGGCCAUCUGCACAACCAUGAUACGUUCUCGCCAAAGCACUGCCAGAGACAUCUUGUUAGUCUAUUUUUACACCAGACAUCUGGAGUGCUUUAGCUAAUUAAGGUCAGAUUCUGCUGUAUUUUAAUUAUUUUUUUCUCUUAAAAAAUUGGCAGUAAUUAGAGAUAGAUUGGUGGGAAGUCUGGUGUGUCACUUUCUGGAUUGUCUCUGUCUUGUGUUGAACCUGGGUAUUUACACUUGAUCAUGACUGCAGAGUCUCAAGUGCUGUCCCAAGGUAUGAAUGAAAUCACAAAGUGUGAAAUGUGAACAUGAGUGUUUUUAUGUGCUGUUUCAAGGUUCUAACAUGUGGUAGUUGUUAUUGCCAUAAUCUAUAGAUUUCAAUGGCUGUCAUGUAUAGUUAACCCCAAUACAAUGCCUUUGGUUGUGGCCUGUCUUUGUAGCUGGCAUGUUCUCGGGUGAUAUUAACUAGCUAUGCAAACAGACUGAUAGCGGCACUUCUUGUUGUAUGUCUGUGAUGCUUGAGAAGUACGCUUUGGUGAAGGAACUAGAAUCAACAGGACUUCUUUUCUUUUUUUCUAAAGGAUUUUCAGCUACUGUGAAAAUGUAGAACAUUAUUUAAUAGGUUUUGAAGCUUCCACUUUUUCGAGGUCUUUUGUAAAUUAGUAUAUGGCUCUUUAUAGAUAACAUAAUAAAACUUAAUUCUCAUGAUGA